AUGGACUUAUUUAAGUUUGACGAAGAAUCAUUUGCACGCAGUUUCACUCGUGGCACAGAGCUUGAAGACGCUGAUGAAUUAGAAGAUGGACAAUUAGAGCCUAACACUCAAGAUAAGAACGGCACCCAUGAUGAGGUUGAAGAAGAAGAGACAGCUUUUGAAGGCGGUCGAAAGCUAGAUGAUUUCGAACCUAUUAAGGUGCUUGGGCAAGGUGCUUAUGGUAAAGUGCAUUUAGUACAAGACAAGCGUAGUGGAAAACUCUUUGCUCAAAAGCAGUUAAGAAAGCCAAUAAUCAAAUUGAGAGAUCAAGCAGAAAAGGAUCUGGCUCACUCCAAACAGGUAAGAAGAACUAUUUCUGAACGGCAGAUAUUGACUGAACUUACUCAUCAUCCGAAUAUUGUUAAGCUUUUCUAUGCCUUUCAAGAUAACAACAAGUUCUACUUAAUUUUAGAAUAUAUCCCCGGAGGAGAGUUGUUCCAUCAUUUGGCUAGUCCACUUAACAAAUUAGGGAAUGUAUUUCAAGAAGACCACGCUGCAUUCUAUGCUGCUGAAAUGGCUCUAGGUUUACGCUAUUUGCACACUUUAGGUAUCGUUUACAGAGACUUGAAGCCAGAGAACUGUUUAUUAAAUAAUGCGGGACAUUUAGUUCUUACUGAUUUUGGGUUAUCCAAGUCAAUUGGUAAUAAUGCAGAAGAUGAACGUUGUUCUUCUGUUAUCGGAACUCCUGAAUAUAUGGCUCCUGAAGUUUUGAAAGGAGAAGAAUAUGACUUUGCCGUUGAUUGGUGGUCUCUUGGGUGUGUGAUAUAUGAUAUGAUGGUGGGAAAACCUCCAUUUACUGGGAGGUCCCAUAAGAUAAUUACAGACAAAGUCCUUACAAGCAAGCUUAAAUUGCCCUUUUAUUUCACCAAAGAUGCUAAGGAUCUCUUGAAUAAGCUUUUAAAUAAGAACCCUUUAAAACGGUUUGACGUUGAUGGGAAAUGGGAAACUUUCCAAGGUCAUCGAUUCUUUCGAAAGAUAAAUUGGAAGAGUUUAGAAGCACAAAGCGAAGACACUGUACCUCCAAUAGUUCCAGUUAUUACUGACCCUAAACUUGCAGAGAACUUUGAUGAUGAAUUCACCACUAUGAAAAUUAGUGAUUACAAUGACGACCAAGGAAUUAAUAUCCCCAUUUCGGCUGAAGGGAGGAUGAUCAACGAUGACUCCGAGCCAUUUAUUGGUUUCAGUUAUAAUGCUAGUAAUAGCUACAUUGAGAAAUACUACUGA